AAUCGUUCUGAUGACUACGAUGACGAGGUCAGCCUAUCACCCGGAUCAUCUGACUCCCAUAACACCUGGUGUAGUCCCCCCGUCCGUAUCUCACAACGCACUCAGGCAAUUCGCUACGCGGACGAGAUUGACUCUCGCAGCCUGCGUGCUCUGACGCCGGACGCUGAACCCUCAAGCAGAACAAAUCACACACUCCCUCCUGGUGAGAGUGAGGAGGCAAUAGUGCCCUGGUUCACAAUCUGCGUGCCACCUCAGUACUACAAGCAACCACAGAAGGCAGUUGCGCCGGCCAAUGCCACUGUCCCCCAUAUGUCCUCCGAUGACUCUGACCUUGGCUAUUCAACCUCAUUACCAGCGCCCGCUCGCUCGUCCCUGGAUCCACCUUAUCUGUCCUCAGAUCUGCUCUGCCAGACCGCUGCUCCACCAAAAGUUGUCUUCACCGACCUUCCCUUCCUGCGACCCGGCUUUUAUGAAUGGAAAAUUAUGGCAGUUUCCUUGGCUGGCAAUGGCUCCUGGACAGAUUCGCACUUUUUCGAGGUGCACAACAGUCGGCCCGAGAGCCUGUCCAGGACCCUCAAGCCAGGUAUGCUGUCUGGCCCCUUGUUGUUCCUCUUUUGCCUCUUGAAUUGUUUCUUCAGCAGUUUUAAGUGGAUCUGCCUGUUAUACAUUGCGCUCCAAGGAAAUAUCAGCCAUUACCAGUCAGCAUAUUCGGAGUAA